AUGAGCGAGCAGUUGCAAAAUAACUUUCGAGAGUCGUUACGUGGUUUCAACCUUUCACGCUCUUCACCUCGCAUAUCCUUACCUUCAGACAACCAACCAUCAAGUGGUGGCAACAGCAAUCCAUUCGCCGCAUUCCGCGAUUCAGCAUCCAACGUCUUCUCCAAUGUCUCCAACACAGUCCAAGGCUAUAUCCCACUCAAUCUGAAUGGUGAGGAAGAAGAAGAACCAUGGUAUCAAAUGUCAAGAGUUGAGCGGGUCAUGGCCUUUGCUCUAUGUCUUGCAUUGGGCAUCGCAUGCUUUUUCCUGGCAUUCUUUUUAUUCAUACCCAUGGUGCCCUUGUUCCCCGGCAAAUUUGCAGCAACAUUUACAUUGGGAAGUAUAUUGAUUCUGAUCAGUAUUGCCAUGUUACGAGGUCCUAUGGCACACAUUCGUCACAUGAUGUCUGUAGAACGACUCCCAUUCACUAUAUCCUAUCUUGGCACGAUGGCAAUGACCUUGUACUUUUCACUUGGGGCAAGAAGUUAUAUCUUGACAAUCAUUUCAGCCAUCCUGCAAAUCGUUGCACUUGUUUGGUAUUUUGGAUCAUACAUUCCAGGUGGUGUGGCAACACUGCGUUAUGGAUCAGCCUAUGUUGGACGACAAGCAGCAUCUCUUUUGCCGAUAUAA